AUGACCAAAGACGAACUUCAUCAAUCCUCAAGUGAUGACGAAUUUGGCCCCGUUCCAGCACCUGAACGCAAGAAAACUAAAAUUAACUAUACAAAUGACCAAAUAUUCCUAAACAAUCUGCCAAAUGCUGACUUUUACGAGCAAAGUUUCAUGCAUGGAGAUACAAUUAGUCAUAUUGCAAUUAGCAAUCAGACGCAGUAUAUCGCAACUGCCAGUGUAGAUGGACAUCUUCGUUUCUGGUACUAUAACCAAGACGGAGUAGAGUUUGUUAAGCAUAUCAAAGCACAUACUAGCAGUAUUAUUGCCAUGCACGAAUCAGUCGAUGGUAUCCAUUUGGGCACAAUUUCAGCAGAUAAUACAUACAAGCAUUUUGAUUUCACCACUUUUGAUAUGAUUAGUAUCAUCAAACUCACAAUUGAACCUAUUGAUUUUGCAUUUAUUACCUGCGAAAAUGACUUACAUCAUAAAAUAGCAAUUUGUUACAAGGAUUUUGAUGAAAUUCAUGUUUUUUCGCCAAAUGAAGGCACAAAUAUUGUUUCAAAAUACAAAAUAAAUGUCAGAAACAUACAAUUCCUUAUUUAUAACAUUAUAUUGGAUAUAUGCGUGUCUAUUGAUAGUAAUGGCGGGAUAGAUUUAUGGGAUCGUACAUUCAAAUUUCCCUCCAGUGAUGUUUUCAAAUUCAAACUCAAAUCUGAAACAGAUCUUUAUGACUUAAAGAAGAACAAUACAAUUGCUAACGCCGUGGCAAUAUCACCUAACGGUGCCUUUAUGGCUAUAUCAACUACCGAUGGGCUGAUAAGAUUAUAUAGUACUAGCACUAUGAAAUUGCGUAAAAUAUAUGAUGAAACUGUACAAAUGUAUAUUGGGGCGCAAAAUGAUCCAAAUCAUAAGGUGAUACAAAUUGACUCUCUUGAAUUUGGUCGGAAACUCGAUAUAGAGAAGGAAAUAGGAAAAGCACGGCUUAACACGCGUGUAUUCACAAACAUUUUGUUUGAUGAAUCAUCCAGUUUUUUAAUAUUCCCCAGUAUAAUAGGCAUUAAGAUAAUCAAUAUUCACACUAAUCAAUUGGCAAGAAUUGUUGGUAAAGCGGAGAAAGGAUUGAGAUUUUUGUAUAUUUCGUGCUUUCAGAAGAAAAAUUUUAAGAAUUUUGGUGUGAAAAAUGUAGGAGGUGAUGUCUCUAUACGAAACAAGGAUUUCCUUCUCCCCCUAUUUGCUUGUACUUCGUUUAACAAAAAUAGGUUUUAUAUAUUCUCAAGACGUAACCCUAAGGAAUCGGAUAUGGAAAUUAGGGAUGUGGUCAACCUGAAGCCCACACGGGAUGACAUAUCAGCUACAAUACAAUCAGUCAAAUCUGGACACGAACUUGCCAAAACUGCAACGAUACAUACAUCAAUGGGCGAUAUUUACAUUAAAUUAUUUUAUGAUGAAUGCCCUAAGACUGUUGAAAAUUUCACAGUGCAUUCAAUAAACGGAUAUUACAAUAACUGUAUAUUUCACCGUGUGAUAAACAACUUCAUGAUUCAAACAGGAGAUCCAGGCGGAGAUGGUACUGGGGGAGAAUCCAUUUGGGGAGGAGAGUUUGAGGAUGAAAUUGUCCAAUCACUUAAACAUGACCGCCCUUUCACUGUAUCCAUGGCCAAUGCGGGUGAAAAUACUAAUGGUUCUCAAUUUUUCAUCACAACAGUGCCAUGUCCAUGGCUUGACGGUAAACAUACAGUUUUUGGGCGAGUAACCAAGGGCAUGGACGUUGUUCAAAAAAUUGAAAAGACGCCCACGAAUCACGAGGAUAGACCCCUUAGUGACAUUAGGAUAAUGUCGAUUAAAGUCCAGUUAUGA